GACAGAGAGUUGUUUACAAACAAAUUAAUCAGCACCAAAAGUUCUUUAAUUAAAAGGAACUGUAAGCAGUGCAUUAGGAUUAUUUAAAAUGUGGAAAAGAAUCAAGGAUACUAACCUAUUUUUAACUUUCACCGACGACUACCAGAUAUUUGUAACAGAUUUUGUCUCGGUGUGGUUUUCCUAUUUAUCGAAAACUACUUUUGUUCGUAGUCUAAAAGACAGUAAUAUUUUACUGGAGAUGCCCACAGAAACUUUGAUCCAGAAAGGAAUUCAUGUGUUGACCCAUCCAGGCGACCUAAAAAGUGUUGACAAAAAGACUGAGAACAAUGUUCUAGCGAUUACGUUGACUAUGUCAUUUCCAUAUCCAUUUAAAGUCAAGUUGGAACUUUGUAAAGGAUCUAGGGAAUUAUUUUUCCAAAAAGUUACCCAACCACUACUGGUAACCGUCAGUGAGUUAAAAUCUAGUCAAACGGAGUUGUGUGAGCUGCUGAAUAAAAAGGAUAGUGAAAUUGAAGAGUAUAAACUCAUGGGAGGUGAAAUUGCUAUAAAGUUUCUAAAGACUAAACAAUUUAAUGAAGAAGCAAUGAUGAGCAAAUAUAAAAUGUAUGAAGAGUAUUUUGGAUCUUCAACUGAUACUGUGACUGAUUUACUGAAAGUAAAGUUGGAUGUCCCUGAAGAUGUAACAAAAUUAAAACAAGAAACAGUAGAAGAAUCUGUACAGUCAAUACAACCUACAAUAAAAAUGGAGGCUGACUCCCAACUGAAGCAAAUUCCAUCUUCUAUAUCCAAUCCAAAAAUGGAGGCUGACUCCCAACUGACGCAAAUUCCAUCUUCUAUAUCAAAUCCAAAAAUGGAAGCUGACUCCCAACUGACUCAAAUUCCUUCUAUAUCAAACCCAAAAAUGGAAGCUGACUCCCAAAUGACUCAAAUUCCUUCUAUAUCAAAUCCAAAAAUGGAAGCUGACUCCCAACUGACACAAAUUCCAUCUUCUAUAUCAAAUUCAGUGCCCAUAAAACGAGAACCAGAGCCAUACAAAACUGAAUCACAGUCCCGUAUUCCUAACAAUAGGAAAAGGAUGAAAAAACUUAAUUUAUGAGGGUUAUAGAUUGAUUUACUAAUAGUUAUCCACUAAAAUGCUGGAUUUCUACCUCUAUUUUAGUUAUUAGUAAAUUAGAUAAUUUAGCUAAAAAAUUACAGACCCUUUUUUAGUUAAAAUCAUAUUGCAGAUUGUUUGAACAGGUAUAAUGUAAUAAUUUAUGGAUUUUUCACAAAAAACUACAUACAUUUUUGAUAAAUCUCUGCUGAUUUUGUAUGAACUCAUAAAGUUAUGAUUAAUUUUAUUAUUUUUUAAGUGAAGCUAUGUAUAGUGUUAAGAUGGAUUAUUGAUUAUUAAUUUUAUAAAUAUCAUGAAAUUAUUAUGAAUUAAUGUAUUUUACAUACUUUGUUUAUAGUAAUCGAAAUCCAUCUACAAUGUUAUUGGGUGAUAAAGUUAAUAUGACUGAAAAAAAGGUUAUUAUAUUAAAACUUUAUUAUACAUAGAACAGUUAAAACCUAAUAUUAGUUUAGUUGUGCUGGUACAAUGCUGUUACUAAUAAUGUGAUUAAAGUUGGAGCAAUGAAAUUAGGCAUAGACAAUUAGUUAUUUUUUUAGUGCUAAUAACAUACUAUCAAUAAUAAGAAAUUAUUGUAUAAUUUUUUUAUUGACUUCAGUUUUUAAAUGUUGAUUCAAAUCUCAAUUUUAUACUAAAUAAUUUUAAUUGAGUUUAUAUUUAUUAAAUUAUCUGAUUGUAAUUAUUACAGAUAAUUCGUAAAAUGAACUUUAAAAUCUGUCCAGCAGCCAAUCACAGCACGGGGCCUGCCCAUAGUGCUAAGCACUAUUAAAAUCAUAUACAAAUAUAAAAUUGAUUGAUAUACAAAACGGCAAAAGAUAUUUCAUUGAUCAUUAAUGUAAUCAGUGGAAAAUGUAAGGGUGAGGUCAAAAGAGCGAAAUGAAAGCUCAAUUUUACAGAUUUAAGGAGCGUUUGUAUGAAACCAUGAAAAUUACGCCCGUUAAGUACGCUCAUUUGUCCUCAGCUUAAACCGAAUUAAUGCCAAAAUUAUGUCAUCGGUCCGAAUAAUAAAGAAAUAAGUUAUUUAUGACUCCAAUGUAAUCGCAUUAAAUGUAACCCAUACGCAUGAUGUAUUUUAAUGCAUUGUUGACAAAUAGCUAGUUACAAAAACCAUUCCUAACGUAUAUAUUUUUAAAUUCGUUAGAUAUUAUUAUGUGCUUUAUUAAAUCUAUGUCAAUGCUGAGCAAUUUAAUAAAUAACAAAUAGCAGUUACAUAAUACAACGCAAACUUUCAUUUUAAUUCAAUAGCUUAAGUUAAACAAAAGAUUUAAUAACAAUCGAUACUACGAGUACAAUCGCAUGUCGAAGAAAGGAAAAUUAGUAUUUCAUUUUUUUAAUAAAGUGUACUGCCAAACACAAUUAUUUUUCUGUGAUAGGAAACAAUAAAAUAUUCUUUUUAUUUUAAAUAUGGCCUUUGAUUAUUGUAUUUUACUACUUUUUGAUAGUUUUUUAAUACAUUUUUAAUUCAAUUUGUAGUUACUCUUUAACUCAAUAUACUAUUACAAUCAUUGUACUUUAGCUAACAUUGUGUUUCUAAGAUUUUGGUUGACAGUAGGACUUAUUUAAUAAAUGACUAACAUGGUGAUGACGAUUUACAAUUAAAUGAGUAUUAUUGAUAUUUAAACCUAUCGGUUCACAUUCCUAGUAGGUUUAUUAUUUAGGAAACAUUGUAGACAGUGACUUUAAAAACCGAUGUAUUGGUCGGUGAGUCGUAUGCAAACUUCUUAAGGCCAUUCUGAUAUUAGAAUUCGAUUUAUUGAAUAGAUAAUAACAUUUUAGUCUUAUCAUACUGCGGUGCUUGGAAAUCGCGAAGUUGGUACACGCAUGCACACAGAUAACGCGUGAAGCUAGCACUAGUCUAGAAGUCUAACAGGAGCUUAUUCAGCGCUUGUUCCCAACGAGUCACACCAAAAUGAGUAACCCUGUCACUCGUUGGGAAAAACAGUCACACCCCUACUCGUUAACCUGUAUUUUCUUACUGUAAGCUUUAGAUUACUUCGUUAUUUUGAUGUUUUAUGUAUUUUGUACAUUGUUUCUUUGGAGGGAGUGGAGGCCACGUACCGGAAAAUGCAGCGUGGGACGACCACCCACAAGGUGGACCGACGACCUGAUAAAGGUAGCAGUAAGGCGCUGGAUGCCGCUACCAACCGUGCGAUGUGGAAGUCAUUGGGGGAGGCCUAUGUUCAGCAGUGGACGUCAUAUGGCUGAAAUGAUGAUGAUGAUGGUGGUGAUGAUGAUUAAAGGAAUUUAAUGUUUGUGAUCAGUACCAGUGUGACUCGUUUGGGUGUGACGUGCUUGUUGGCAACAAGCGGUAUUCAAGAACAUCUAAAUUCGACUGUACUUCGAAAGAUCUGCUCCUCUUUUUAUUAGAAGAAUGCAGCUCCUCUUUUUAUUAGAAAAUUAACUGUAUAGUGAUUUCUAUUAAGUUACACAAUAUCUCAAUAACUACGUACUAAUUCUAUGUAAACCAUGGUUACGGUAACUUAGUAAAUUGAAUUGACAUGUUCGUUGUUGACCAAAUUAUUGAAAAGUACUAAAAAGACUAACUUAAAAAUCACUAUACAGUCAACGGCCUAAAUACAUUUUUAUAUUCUGCACUUAGGCAUUUUCACUAAGGUAUUCGUUUGUUGGUCAUUCUUUGAAAUGGUACAGUCAGCGUCAAAUUGUUCGUGACAUUCAAAGUUAGCUAAAAAGUUCGUAACACGUCUUGUUUACAAUAGGCUAGAUGACAAAAUUUCAAUUAUUUGUCCGUCAGACAGAUAAUUAGAAAAUAUUAGACUCAUAUUUUUAUUUUCUUUCAUAAUUCAAUAAUAACAGUGCCACAUCGAGUUGAAAUGGC